AAUAAAAAUACCACGUGGAUGGUUUGGGCUUGGCCGUGUACCCACAAGGCAGACGUGCUCGAUAUUUCGCGUUCGUAGCGACCAGUCAAAGAAGGUAAUACUUAAACAUUAUACAUCGUCCUUUUUAUUUUGCAGUGGGCUACGUUUCUUAUGAGAUGGCAGCUGACAUGUCCAGUGGAACUGAUUUGCAAGAAAUGGUUGGCAGUAUUCCAUUUACUACAAGAGAUGAUGCUAAAAAGAUAAUGAAAAGCACAUACAAUAUGAAUGCAGUCAUCAUCAAAAAAUUGGAUAGCUACGAUGACUUGAAUUUCUACAUAAAAACAGAUGAUAAUUAUGACAAUCAAGACGAAUUUGUACUCAAGAUCUUCAACAAAGUGUUAUCACAAAAUACAGGAGUGUUUGAAGCACAAACUGAGUUGAUGAUUCGGCUCCAAGAAGCUGGUAUUCCAGCUCCAGUGCCUCUAAAAGACAUCAAUGGGAAAUUAUGUAGUUUAGAACACUUCAAAAAAGUUACGGAAGAUGGUGUUACUAAAGAAGCUGACUACAUGAUUCGUCUGUUAACAUACAUUCCUGGACAAAUGUUGGUAACUGCCAAACAAAUUCCUCUUGAUAUAUUUUACAAUGUGGGCAAGACUCUAGCUCAGAUGCAUAAUGCAUGGAAGGACUAUGAGCACCCAUCACUAAACCGUGAGAGUUAUGAUUGGAACUUGCUGUCGGCUCUCAAAACCCGUGAAUUUUUACACUUACCCAAGGAAGAAUGGCAACAGAACGUGUCACAAUCUGUCCUUGACCGAUUUGAGAGUGAAGUUUUUCCACACCAUGAAAAACUGAAUCGAGGUAUUAUUCAUGGGGAUUUCAACGAGUUGAAUGUAUUAGUAAAACAGUCAGCUGAUGGCAGUGUUAACAGUGAACCACAGUGGAACCUAAGUGGUGUAUUGGAUUUUGGUGACUGUAUGUUUUGUCCAUACAUUUUCGACGUUGGUAUCUCGCUGGCGUAUAUGAUGCUAACUGACAUUGAAGAUGAAGCAACUGUUUGUAAAUGGUAUCUUUCGGGUUAUGAGAGUGUAAUCAAAUUACCAGAUUCAGAAAAAAAUAUGAUUGUUACACUCAUUGCUACUCGACUUGUGCAAUCCCUGUUGUUAGGGUUACAAUGCUAUUCUAUCAAUCCGAGUAAUACAUAUGUACUUAGUACUCAAGAAAAAGGUUGGAAGGCAUUGAGGAAAGUAUGGGGGAUGUCUGUUGAAGAUAUCCAAAAAGCAGAAUGCCCAAAAUAUUAAUCAGUAUAAAUGUGCAAGACCACCCACCACCUUUUAAUAAUAAUAAUAAUAAUAAUAUUUAUAAAGCGCACAAAUCCACUGCAGUAGUGCUCAAGGCUCUACAGGAGGAAGGAAACAAAAAUUACCAUGAACCUGUUGACUUCAAAUCUUUCCUAUGUUGCAUUUCUGUUUGGAACCUGCUACCGCAUGAUUACUUUCCUCAGGUUUACUAUCGCUUGAUUAUUUCCUCGAGUUUAAGAGGAAUGUGUAUUCUUUUUUUACUCCACUGAAUGCUUCAUUUCUAGCCUAUUACCUAAGGGUGGCGCCAUGGUUUUCCGAAUAGUUUUCUUACUCCCAAACUAAUUGUGUUUUUCUUCCCGACAGGGUAGGGGGACUCUUCCUGACGGGCCCUGGCUAUCCCCCGCUGGCACCACCCCUGCCAUUACCUACCUCAUAGCCUUGUUUUGAUCGAUUUCCUGGGAAAAAAUCCACUUGUCUGCAUUUGAUAUGGAUUUAAUUUUAUAAUAGCAUAGGAUUUUAUAAUCAUGUAUUUCUAAAAUAUUUUUUAAUUAGAUAAGAAUUAUAUCAACAUAUAAACAAAAUAUAUGUAUACUGAUAUGCAUUAUUCAAGUCAGGAAAAUAAAGGUAUUGAAUCCUUCAUUCCGAAUUGGAAUUGAAUUUAUUUGGUUCCAAUAUAUACAUAUAAAAUACAAUCAUAAACGAUACAAGAGUAAGAAAAUAUCGGCACAUUAAAAACCUAUAAAAACAAGA